AAGUCGUUAGCCACGACUUACAAAAUGAUCGUCCAGACUUUGAGGGUUUGGCAGAUCCGCUCGAAUAAUCUGCAUCGGUCGACUGGCUGUCGUCACGCUUUCGCUUCUUGUCUGAAGUUACGUAUCAUAGCAUUUUGAGGAUAAUGAGGUACAUUACUUACUUACUUUGGAGAUUUAACGUGCGCUUUCCGACUGAUGCGUAUUUCGCACACGGGCCCGGCCAGGCCAUUUAAUGUGUUUCCAAAAGGGGCGAACAAGGUACAUCGACGAUGCAAGUUGAAAAUCUACAAAUCUACAGCUGACUGAUGGCAAGCGUCGCCUGUCGUGUGGUGGUGAUUGGGGGCGGUCUAGCCGGACUCUCGGCAGCGGAGCAUCUCAAGAAGGCUGGAGUGACCGGUAUCUGCAUACUGGAGGCAUCACACAGAUGUGGAGGGCGUAUGAAGACCAUGGUAUUUGGGGAGGGCAUUGUGGAACUUGGAGCGAACUGGAUCCAUGGAGCAACGCUUUCCAACUCCGUCUUUACAUUGGCUGCGCAAAACAAUUUACUGUACCCAUAUGUGUUGCUUGACAGGAUGGAAGGCUACUGUUACACGUCAGAUGGCCGUGUCAUUGACCCUCACCUGACCAAUCGAGUUUGGACCGUAUACCAAGCUAUAGAAAGAGACUUGCAAGGAUUGUCUAGUCGAGGUAGUGACGGACUUGGGCUCCCCCUGGAAUCCUGGUUCAACAACAAAUUGGAGAAGGCUAUGGUCUUGUUUGAAACACAAGAGCAAGAAGAUGCUCGGGCGGUCAUGAACUGUCUGUUAAACCUGGUGCGGUUUCAUAACGGCGGCUUCUUGGAUGACACAGAUACACACUUGAUAUCCCUGUACGAAGAGCUGCCAGGUGGCGAAGUGAAACUGCCUCGUGGAUGUGCAUCCAUCCUAAAUGCCAUGCUCCACACCCUGCCCCAAGGCACAGUGCAGUGUAACACAGAAGUGACCAACAUUCGUCUGAACACAUCAGGACUGACACCUAAUGUGGAAGUCACGUGUAGGAAUGGAAGUCAGGUUGUGGCAGACCAUGUGAUAGUAACCUGCUCUCUAGGCUUCCUCAAGCGCCAGCACCACACUCUCUUCUCACCACCGCUACCUCGUCACAAGGUCCAUGCCAUUGAAAAUAUCGGCUUCGGUAUUGUUGGCAAAAUAUUCCUGUACUACAAAACACCUUUCUGGGUACGAGGACACGGGGGUAUCAAGUUGUGCUGGCAAGGACAUGAAUCACGACUUAAGGGAAAGGAGGAAUGGUACAAGAAAAUAUUCGCUUUUGAUGAGGUGCUCAAUAACCCUGGUGUGCUGGUGGCUUGGUUGUCGGGGGCCGAGGUGGCCUACAUGGAACGUUUGCCGUUACAAGAAGUAGCCGACGUUUGCUCAAACAUCUUGAAAUCAUUUUUAGGUAAUCCAUGUCUGCCUUCCCCCACCCGGGUGUGUCGGUCAGGGUGGAGCGACAACCCCUACAUAUGUGGCUCUUACAGCUACCCCACAACAUCCGAUCCCUGGAGCCUCGUCCCACACCUUCUGCAGCCAGUGUGUACUUCAGACCAAGUUCCCCGGAUCCUGUUUGCAGGGGAGGCAACUCAUCCGUCCUUCUUCUCUACCAUGCACGGCGCCAGAUCCUCUGGUUUGAGGGAGGCCAACAGGAUCAUCGCCUGGUACAACACACGACCCAAACUCUAGUAUCCUCUUGCUCAUUGUGUGCUCUUACCAGUUUAUUCCAAAACUGAAGCGCGAAGGUUAACCCAGAAAUGAGUACAUACAGAAUUAGAUUGUGAAAUCAGUAAAUAACCACACAAGCUCAAUGAACAACAACAAAUUAUAUAUAAAUACACAGGAUACGGAUUACAUUAUCAAAAGGCAAUACAAUGGUCACUAUUGUCGCAGCAACAAUAUACAAUAAUAUAUAUCAGGGCUUAGUAAUAUAGUCGGCAUUUGUCACAUUUGAAUGUCUUGAGUCAAGCAUGUGCUUUGUCUUUAAAUCCAGGAAUGAGUGUUGGAAGCAGGCCGAAAAGUCUGUGUUUUCCAAUAGCUAUCCUGUCUGAAUUGUGCAAAUAGAUAGACUCAAGUCAGGUCGCAGAAGAAAGGCCUCGAAUCGCCUUAUCUCGCACGUUUAAAGGUACAGCCAGCAUUCUAGAGUUUUCUUCAUCGAGAACCAGGUCGUCAUUUCCAGAAGUGAAAACAGGCUGUAGACAAUCUCCUCACAUCAGAGCCCAUUAUACCAGAAGGCUAAGGAAGGUGUCAUGGCUGGGUCGGAGUUUGAUCAAGAACAACAAAGGGAGGUCACUCCACAUCAAGGUCUCUACCGAGGUUAACAUUAUAGGAGCACCUCAAUCAAUUUGACACUUACUAUCAUAUUUGUUUGUUUGUUUGUUGUUUUAUUCCAGCUAUAUGACGGCGGUCUGUAAGUAAUCGAGUCUGGACCAGACAAUCCAGUGAUUGAUAUUAUGAGCAUUGAUCUACGCAAUUG